AUGGAGGAGUUACGAUCUUACAAGCCCACCCGCCGGGGUCUUGACUUUAAACAACUCAAUCAAGACUUUCCCGACGAACGGUACGAAUUAUUCCUUAACAACCUCACUGUCGAAGUUUUUGUUCUUGCCCAGAUGGCCUUCCUUCCUGGUGGUAAAACUGGGCCAAUCCGGAUGUCUCCCUGGUUGAUAGAGUAUCCGGAGGAAUUUCUCAAACACGUCGAGCUUGUGGCUCAUCCGGAUCCCCGCUCAGGGAAAUGGGAGAGGCUUCUCCGCAACGGAGACGAGAGAGUCAACCUGAUUGUUGCCAUCAUCUUCAAAAUCCUUGACCAGAAGAUCUUUUCGCCACUGCUAUUUGGAGCUGAACCGAAGCAUAUGGAGACGCUCAAGAAUUCUGAUACCGAGCUCAUCAAUGCAGAAGGAUUCGAACGCAGUGCUGUUUUCUCACACACCUCCAGAGCGUGGCUCCGAAAGAAAAAUGGAAUGCCUCCUUUCUUUUGGCAGGAGGUUGACAAGCUGUGCACUCAGACUUUGACCAUGUUACUUCCUCUCCACGAGUACGUGAAAAAAACUGCUAUCUCCAAGCCCGUCACAACAACACAACUAUACCAGUCACUGCAUGAUAUUUUUGCAUAUGCAGGUUGGAUUAGUGUGUGUAUACGCAUGUCACCAGCUGUCGUCUCAAUCGACUGGAAUAUCCCUGGGGAGCCAUUCUCGAUUGAACCCAUCAACAACGCUCACGAGGCAUACGAAGCUUCAAAGGAAACAGCCAAGGCACACGAAGCCUCAAUGGAGAGAGCCAGGCAGUACCAAAUGCUUGCCGCGAGACCGGGCAGCUCCAAACCCCUGCCUAGACAAGUCGAGUCUGCUCCCAGGGUCAAGAUCACAGUGACGCCGAAAAUGGUUCGUCACAAGCCUCUCCCAAAAGCGGUACGCGCCAGGGGCGUCACCUCUUACACGAUAAUGAAGCCCUCUGUUGUAUUUUACGAAGGAUUCAAGCUUGAGCAGGAUGAGCAGAAAUCAUACAUGAGUCUCCCGGACUACAUCCAGAGGCUCCGAGACCGCAACUGCGUUCCACAGAAUACUGCCAUAGCCAUCAUGAUGGUUGCAUUUACUUGGGCGUUGGUUUCGUAUACCACCUCGGGUCAACAAGCAUGGCAUAUGGUGCAGCAAUGGUUGCAGUCGCUACGAUAG